AUGAGUGCACCGUCAGAUUCUCCCGCUGUUGCUCCUGCUCCAGCUAGCGACUCACAAGCCACUACUCCAGCUUUAUCCACUCCGUCGAACCCUGUUGAAAAUCAGGAGUCUGUUGCGACCACAGCGCAAGCGAGCGCGCAGAUUCAAUCCGCGGGCGGAAAUGACCAGAAAGGAAUCGAAUCGGAGCUCCCAUCUUCUGCGGCUGAUGGGCUCAUCCAGAAGCCUUUCCCUCGACCUCUUGACACAGCAAAGACACCGUCUCCCGCUCAGCUCACGGCUGAUCAGCAGACCAAAUAUGGAGCGGUCCUGAAGGCUGUCUCCGAAUGGACAAGUGUCCCAACCACGUCUGCAAAGAACGCUCCCACGGCACCAUUGACAGACGACGAACGCAUGUUCUUGACCCGCGAGUGUCUGUUGCGGUAUCUCCGUGCAACGAAAUGGCACGUGGCUGAAGCUAUCGCACGGCUUCAGCGAACCCUCACGUGGCGUCGCGAAUACGGCCUGGAACGACUGACCCCGGACUACAUCUCGAUUGAGAACGAAACGGGCAAACAGGUGAUUCUAGGCUAUGAUAUUCAUGGCCGGCCAUGUCUCUACCUCCUACCAUCCAAGCAAAAUACUGAGAGAAGUGAUCGUCAGGUCGAGCACCUGGUCUUCAUGCUGGAGCGGGUCAUUGACCUAAUGGGCCCAGACCAGGAGACUUUGGCGCUUAUUGUGAACUUCAAUGAAACAAAAUCCGGGCAGAACGCGACCAUCGGUCAGGCUAAACAGACUCUCAGUAUUCUCCAGAAUCACUAUCCGGAGCGACUGGGACGGGCGUUGGUUAUUAAUGUGCCAUUCGUCAUCUGGGGCUUUUUCAAGUUGAUCACUCCCUUCAUUGACCCCCUGACCCGGGAGAAAUUGAAGUUCAACGAAGACCUGCGCCAGCAUGUACCUUCAGGUCAUCUGAUAAAAUCCGUGGGAGGCGACGUGGAGUUCCGAUAUGACCAUUCCGUCUACUGGCCGACGAUGAACAAGCUGGCUGAACAGCGAAGGAAUAAUUACCGACAGCGCUGGAUUCAAGGAGGCAAGCGCUUUGGCGAGCUGGAACAUUAUCUCAAGACCGGUGCCAGCCCGAGUCUGUCUCAGAGUGAGGGUUCGAACGGUGCUGCUCAGUCGUAA